GCAACAAUUAAUUGUUUUUGUUUUUAUUUUUUAUUUUUUAAUUAUUUUGAAAAGAUAGUUAUGCAAAAAAAUGCCGCGACUUGAUUCAUAUGUACUAGUUCGUCCACCCCUCCCUUAAGAGCAGGUCUCCAUUUUGGUCUUCGUUAGCUACCCAUUUCUCUCGCUGGGAUCAGCUUGCUUCCGUCUAAGAGUUGGGUGUAUUGGCGCACAAAUCUCUUAUACAUACUUGCUCAGGCUCUUCCUCCCAAUCUCAGCUUCCCCUCUCCCUCCGCUUAGUUGCACUCUCAAUCGAACGUUGACGAUGCCGCCUGCUAGGACAUCGCAUCACUCAUCAACUGAUGAACACUCCAGGGUCAACGCGACGACGAGGACAAAGACUAAAGAGUCCAGUGCCCCAUUGCAGCGCGGAAGUGCACAUAGUCUUACUUGUCGGAAACGCAAACUCAAGUGUGAUGCUAGCAAGCCUGCUUGUAAUCAAUGCAUCCGGGCCACGCACCCACAGGAGUGUUCUUACGAUAACGGCAAGGCUCUGAGUAGGACACAGACGCUCCAGCGGCGGAUUACUCAACUUGAGGAAAUGCUUGCCCAAUUGCAGGGCAAGAACAUGAUAGGCUCACCUUCAUCGAGUGCAUCCUCCAACCUUGGCGGUAUUCUCGGGGCCGACCCGGGUUUGGGCGCUUCGUCAACUCCUGGGCGCGAACGCAUCCGCGCUCGAUCCAUAUCCUCAACCGAUUCUGGAAUGACUCCAAAUCAUACCGACAGUCUUGUCUUACAAUCUUCCCCCCAUUCGUCUCGCGACUCUUACAAUAAUCAUCUGUUCAGCGAUCCCCCUGUUGACUUCCCACAACUGCAAGGUUUCGUGUUUGGCUCUGAUCCCCUCUCUAUUCCUAGUUUUGGCACAAGGACUGUGUCUCCCGAUCCAAUACCAUUGAAUAACGCUGUUUCCACUCGACCCCCGUCAGCAGCCUCCUCAUCCUUCCCUCUUCAAUACAACUCUGCCUCCACCUCCACCUCACUUGGGGUGUUUGACAUCAACCCAUCAGCAUGGUCCUCCUCGAGUGCAUCUGUUGGCUAUUCAAGUCAAACACCGCCGUAUGCGUCUCCAAAUCUUUCGACUGGGUAUGGGCUAGACGACUCACUUGGUGGGUUACGACCUAUUCCCAUGGCCUUGUCGAAUGAUAGAGGAGGCUGGGCGCAAGAUUCCUCCGUACCCUCUGCAGUGAAUGGAUUUGGGGAUCUGCGUGUAAGAGCGAGUGCUGGAUUCGAUACGGAUCAGCCCAUCAUCACAUCCACACCUGAAGGGCAGAAUUACCUAUUAACACUAUUCCUUAACUACCGCCGUCGUUGUUACUUCGAUGUCCAUCCCCAACGUUUCCUAGCUUCUCUGCAAGACCCAGACCCCCAAAAGCGGCCUCACCCCUGCUUAAUGGAUGCUAUCUACCUGCUUGGCUGCUAUCUCUCUAGAGAUGAUGAGUUGAAAGCUCAUGAAGUUGUACUGUUAUCUCGAGCUAGACAGGGAUUGUGUGAUUCUCUCGAGCACUCGGACCGUUUGUGGAAUUUUGUUCAAGCCUCGUGCCUUAUCGCAUUCUUCCUAUACCAGAACGGGCGAUUCAUAGAAGCAUAUCACCAAACUUGUCAAGUGGCUCGCUUUGCUGUCAGCUGUGGACUUCAUCAGAUUUCAUCUCCACACCUCAAUCCAUCAGGAGAUCUCGUGAGUGCGCCUGGUGCUGGUUCUGGACCUAGCAAAAAUGCACACGCCGCCCCUUGGACUGUCACCAAUAUGUCGGUACGGCGGGCUGGGUCCAUGUUGGACCCUCCAAAAGAUCAAAUCGAGGUUGGAGAAAGAAUCCUAACGUUUUGGCACAUCUUCCUGCUGGAUCGCUGCGGUUCUAUCAUGACGAACCUACCAGCAGCAUUGCCAGAUGAGUGCGAUUCGUUCUCGCAGAUUGAGACCGUGUGGCCCCGGACGUUGGAGGAGUAUGAACAUGGUCAAGCCUACGACGCCGACUGCGGGACGGUGAGGCAACUUUAUCAGCCAGAUACGGCACCAGCCGUUGGGCGUCCAGACACCAUCUUUACGCUUCGCCUUAAAGGCUCUGCCCUAUUCGAGCAAGCCAGCCGUCUUGGAUCGCGCUACGCCUCCAGCAUGCCAGAAACACUACGGGCCAAAUUUUACGCGGUGGACUAUGCAAUUGGUCGAUUCCUGCGGACAUUGCCAUACGUAAGGAAUUCUGGUACCAUGGGAGAGGUGCCACCUACCUCAGCCGAUGAUCCGGUUAACGCGCAAUUGGUGUUCGUUCACACGCUUGCGUUGACGGCGAUGAUUCGAUUACAUAAUACCGCGGCACUUGAAGAGCCUCUCAGCUACGAUAAACGUUUGAAGGCUGCUGAGGCCGUUGUCUCAGUUGUGAGCGAGUUGGCCAACUCUGAGGCGGACUUUGGGGAGUUUGACAUGCUGAUAGGGGUACGAUCCACGUUCAUACUUCGUAAGAUGAAAUGAUCGAAGCUCAUUCUUCAUUUAGCAUUGCUGGAAACAUACCUGCGAUGUCCUAAUUGAGCAGCGGUCUCGGGUCCUGACUACAUCAGAGGCUUCGGCAUUGGACCACAAGAUUGAUAUCAUUAUCUCACAGAUGCGCC